UCUCUCUCUUUCCCUCUCACCCUCGCCUCCGCUCCCCCAUUUCCGAAGUACUCGCGAGCCAGCGGCCUCCAGCUCACCACCGUUUCCGCCGCGCGCAGAUCCGCCCAAUCCGUGCAGCCUCAGGCCACCGCUCUGGUACGGAUGCCGCUUACCCUUGCUCCUUACCUUGCUGGCGUGUCCCUCCUGGAUCGAGCGUCAGCCGCCGCCCUCCAGCAUCCCUAAUCCGGUUCGACCAAAUUCGGUGUAAUUUGGCGAGGCGUCGGCCCCAAUCGUUGGAGUUUGCUCGUGGUUCGUGGCGGGCUGGUGUCUGGGUCGCCGUUGGUUGGCCGAGGAUGCUGGCGGAGGGGGUAGUUCUAGGGCUAGGAUUUGGUGCGGUGGUGUGAGGCGAUGGCGGACGGGGGAAAGAUGAAGGGCGUGGAGGGAAGCGGCGAGGGUACCGGGCAUGGUGAAGAUAUGGACGAGGAGGCGCAGGAGGAGCUGGAGCUCGCACUGUCUCUGGGGCGCCGGGGUUGGCAUCUGCCGCCAGUGCCGGUGCCGCCGCCGGCACCCGCCUUGAGAUGGUCGAUGGUCUUCCCGGCAUGGGACCCUGACGCUGCCGGGAGUUCGCGUGCUGCUGAGAGCGUUUGGGAUUCACCUCCUGUCCCGCCACUCAGGUUCCGUGACAUGUGGCGAGGUGGUGGCGCAGACGCUGAUGCAGGAGGCGCUCGCGAGGCUGAGGAGCACAACAAUGUCGAGGAAGAGGAAGGGAGUGAGGAUGGAGAUCGGGACCUGCAGAAUAAACGUCCUAAAGUGGGUGCUUUUGGCGAAGAAAGCUCUGGUGUUAAUGCAUCCUUCUUUGGAUAUGAAGCACCACAUUUGCAUGCUUUUGCUGAACAUGACCAUUUGAAGCUGUCACAUGGUCCAGAAAAUGAAUUGGAUUUUGGUUUGUCGCUUAUCUCAAAUGAUGGUGGGAAUGAUAUUCCAAGGGAGACCAACAGUCAUGGUGUCUGUGAUGUAGAAAGAUCAGGUGGAACAAAUGCAGAAGAUCUUGAAAUAAGAAUGGACCUAUCUGAUGAUCUCUUGCACCUGAUAUUCUCCUUCUUAUGCCAGAAGGAUUUAUGUAGAGCAGGGGCUGCCUGCAAACAGUGGCAGUCUGCUAGUAUGCAUGAGGAUUUCUGGAAAUAUUUGAAGUUUGAGAACACCAGAAUAUCUCUGCAGAACUUUGUUAAUAUUUGCCACCGUUAUCAGAAUGUGACAAAUCUCAAUUUGUCUGGUGUCUUAAGUGCAGAAAGCCUAGUGAUUGAAGCAAUAACAUUCUUAAGGCAUCUUAAGACCUUGAUAAUGGGCAAGGGACAACUGGGAGAAACAUUUUUUCAGGCUUUGGCUGAAUGCCCAUUGUUAAAUACUUUAACAGUCAGUGAUGCAUCCCUUGGUAGUGGCAUUCAAGAGGUAACUGUUAAUCAUGAUGGAUUGCAUGAACUUCAAAUUGUGAAGUGUCGUGCACUCAGAGUAUCUAUCAGAUGCCACCAACUUCGAAUACUGUCUCUGAGGAGAACUGGCAUGGCUCAUGUAUCACUCAAUUGUCCUCAGUUGCUUGAAUUGGAUUUUCAGUCCUGCCAUAAGCUUUCUGACACUGCAAUUCGUCAAGCAGCGACAGCCUGUCCACUGUUAGCGUCACUAGAUAUGUCAUCCUGCUCGUGUGUUACUGAUGAGACAUUGCGUGAGAUAGCUAAUGCAUGUCAAAAUCUUUCUGUUCUUGAUGCAUCUAACUGCCCCAACAUUUCUUUCGAGUCGGUAAAGCUUCCAAUGUUGGUAGACUUGAGACUAUCAAGUUGUGAGGGAAUCACAUCUGCUUCAAUGGGUGCAGUAUGUUUUAGUCGUAUACUUGAGGCGUUGCAACUUGAUAAUUGUAGCCUGUUGACAUCUGUGUCUUUGGAUCUGCCACAUCUCAAGAAUAUUAGUCUUGUACACCUCCGCAAGUUUGCUGAUUUAAAUCUGCGAAGCCCUGUGCUUUCUUACAUAAAAGUUUCCAGAUGCUCAGCACUUCGUUGUGUUACCAUAACAUCAAAUGCUCUUAAGAAACUGGUGCUUCAAAAACAAGAGAGCCUAUGUAAUUUAUCAUUGCAAUGCCACAAUUUAAUUGAUGUUGAUCUUAGUGAUUGCGAGUCAUUGACAAAUGAGAUCUGCAAAGUUCUCAGUGACGGAGGGGGUUGCCCCAUGCUCAGGUCAUUAAUUCUUGAUAAUUGUGAGAGUUUGAGUGUCGUGGAACUGAAUAAUAGUUCUUUGGUUAAUCUCUCACUUGCUGGUUGCCGUUCCAUGACAUUCCUGAAACUUGCAUGCCCAAAGCUUCAAGUGGUGAUUCUUGAUGGUUGUGAUCAUCUUGAAAGAGCAUCAUUUUGCCCGGUUGGUCUUGAAUCCCUAAACCUUGGAAUUUGUCCAAAGUUGAGUGUUCUACGCAUAGAGGCCCCAAAUAUGUCUAUAUUGGAGCUGAAGGGCUGUGGUGUCCUUUCUGAGGCUUCAAUUAAUUGUCCUUGCUUGAUAUCUUUAGAUGCCUCUUUCUGCAGACAGUUUAUGGAUGAUUCGCUGUCCCAAACAGCAGAAGCAUGCCCUCUUAUUGAACAUCUUAUAUUGUCUUCAUGUUUAUCCAUUGACGUCCGUGGAUUGUCUUCUCUGCAUUGCCUUCAGAAGCUGGCCUUGCUUGACCUAUCAUAUACAUUUUUGAUGAACUUGAAGCCGGUUUUUGACAGUUGUCUGCAGUUGAAGGUCUUGAAACUUUCAGCUUGCAAGUAUCUCAGUGAUUCAUCUUUGGAACCACUCUACAGAGAGGGUGCUCUACCGAUGCUCGUUGAGCUAGAUCUGUCCUACUCGUCCAUUGGGCAGACUGCAAUAGAAGAGCUUCUCGCGUGCUGUACAAAUUUGGUUAAUGUGAACCUAAACGGAUGUACGAACUUGCAUGAAUUGGUAUGUGGAUCAGACUAUUGCCGGUCCGGUGACAUGCCAAUUGAUGCUUUCCCCCCUGAUUCUGCACCAGACAAGACCAAAGAGAUCAGGGAGAGUUCGGAUUGUCAGCUUGAAGUUCUCAGUUGUACUGGCUGUCCAAAUAUUAAGAAAGUUGUUAUUCCUUCAACGGCCAACUAUCUGAAUUUGUCUAAGAUCAACCUUAAUUUGUCUGCAAACUUGAAGGAAGUAGAUUUGAAGUGCUCCAAUCUUUACAAUUUAAAUUUGAGCAAUUGUAACUCACUGGAGAUUCUGAAGCUUGAUUGCCCAAGAUUGGCUAACCUCCAACUUUUGGCAUGCACAAUGUUGCAAGAGGAUGAACUGAAAUCUGCACUAUCCUUUUGCGGUGCAUUGGAGAUCCUCAAUGUGCACUCUUGUCCACAAAUAAACACGCUGGAUUUUGGCAGGCUACAGGCUGUUUGCCCAACUCUUAAGCGCAUCCAGAGCAGCCCCAUCGCAUAGUAUGAAGGAUUCUGGUCUUCUUAAUGGACUCGAGUAAAUAGUCCAGAUUUGAAACAGAAAAGGCCAUGUCGUACUCUUGUACAUAUGCAGCACCGCCAAUAUAUUGUAUGGCUGCAUGUAUUAGGGAGCCAGGGCUGACAUGAAACCUGUUCUUCCAAUCGAUUUCUUGUGUUGAAUCUAGUUGAAACAUGGAAACCGCACUUCCUAGUUUGUAUUUGCUUUUGAGGUGCAGUGAUGGAGUAAGCAGAUCUGUAUUUAUAUGAAUGAAUAACCAUCUUGUUUGGAUCGUCGAUGUUGUAUGCUUCAUUGAUGACAUGGGGUGCUAAGUUUGACUGAAAUUACACCAGGUUCUAUGGUUCUCUCA